AAGUGCAAAGGGAGCAAAACAUAGGGGGCCAAAAUCGAAUUAUUUUAAUUAUGGGUCAAGAUGUUGCCUACAAGCUUUAAGAAUCUUUCAAGACUACGUAUUCUGUACUUAGACAAUUGCAAGAAGCUUGGUUGUCUUUCGGAGGUUCCUCCACACAUCGAAGAGCUUCAUGUCAAUAACUGCAUCUCAUUGGUGAAGGUUUCGAGUUUGAAGGCUCUUUCACAUAGUAUGAAGGGAUGGAAGAAGGAAAUUUCAUUCAAGAAUACCAUAAAAUUGGAUGCACCUUCACUCAACCGUAUUACAGAAGAUGUCAUAUUAACAAUGAAGAGUGCCGCAUUUCAUAAUACUAUAAUUGUUUAUGAUUUGCACGGAUGGAGUUAUAACGGUGUUCAUUUUUGGUUACCGGGAUGCACAGUUCCAAGUCAGUUCAAAUUCCGAGCAAUAGGUUCCUCUUCCUCCAUUACUAUUAAAAUUCCUCCACUUUCCAAAGAUGUUGGAUUCAUUUAUUCUGUUGUUGUUUCUCCAUCCUUUCAAAUGGAGGAGCAUGGUAAUAAUCUAGAAAUCAGAUUCAAGUACUAUUCGGAAAGUGGCGACUUGAAUUUUAUAAAUAGUCAUUCUAUUAAAGAUGUGAGCCUGGAUCAUGUUUUCAUGUGCUAUAAUGAACCACAUUUCAUUGGAAAUGCAUUUGAAUUCUCUGUUACAAAUUUAAGUGGGGAUCUUAAUGGCUCUUAUAUUUUGAAAGAGUGUGGGAUCUAUCCAAUUUAUUACUCAGAAUUUCCAAGGCUUGCAGCCACCAUGAAUUUGGACAGGGACGUAGAAAAGAAAAUUGAAUCGAGGUGUUCAUGGUGGUUCCGAUCAGAUUUGAAUGAAUCAAUGCAAUUUGAGUCUGAUUCAAUUGAAAGAUAUGUUGAUGAUGACGAUGAGAGGAAAUUGGGCAAUGAGAUUGAUGAUUCAAUUGAAAGAUGUGAUGAGAAUGUAAGCGCUUGCAUACAGAAGAGCCAACAAGAUUCAGACUCCAACGAAAAAAGAAGUUGUUCAUCAUAUGAGUGCUUAAUGGGUCCAUUGAUCUAUUUAUGGAGAUUAAUCCGCCGCACAUAGGAGCGUGUCAAGACCUACUACGAAAUCCAAAAGAUUCUGAGAGACCAAUUCAAGACAACAUACUUCGUCUUGUGAUGGUGUCAAUGACAAGAUUAUAAUAGGAUGAUUUUUCAGUUGUGGCCAGUUUGAUACAUUCAAGAGAAAUAAACUCUGAUCAGUUCUAGUUAGUCUCUGCUUGCCAAUAGUUCUCUCCAUGGUUCUAAAUUGCAGUUGCUUAAGCUGCAAGUCUUUAUAUUGUGGCAAAAUCUGCGCAACUGUGGCCAUACGUUGGGGAAAUCUCUUAAAAUUUUACAGGAUGAAGGAAGUAUAUAGCAGAUUAAGAUAAUUGUUUUGUGUCAACAAUACAAUUGAUGAUCUGGCUCACCUAUUUGUCAGCAGAUUGAGUUGGAUUGUUCAUUUAUAGCUGAUAAACAUUAUUUUUGUGUUUCUAUUUGAUCACUGUAAUCAUGCCAUUUGAGGAAUUUCAAUUUUAAAAUAUUACUAUACUAUUUUUCUUUGUGUAUGUAUGGUUUACCAUGUUU